CGAGCCUUUCUUUUCCACUGCAGAGAAAGCCCAUCUCACGAUACAUCUGGCAACGGAGGAAAGUCUUCAAUUCAGCAAGAGCUAACACGCCUAGGAAUUUAUUUUGGAAACUUUAAAGACUCUUCUGCUUACUACCAUCUGGAAUCCACUUCAGGAAUACCAAAAAGGAAAAUCUUAUUUAAAAGGAACAAGAAUUGUUCGUCAGCUACCUAAACCCUGGAUUCACGGAUUUGCUGGAAAUUUGAAAAUCAGAGUAUUUUCCCGUUUGAAGAACCAAGUGGAAAAUUUACAACAACAAAUUUCAUGUUUCCUGUUGAGAUUUCGAAGAAAAAGGAAGUAUUUAUAAAACCACCCACAAAGAAUUUGCAAAUACUCUGGAGGUUAUAAACUGGUCACAAUCCGAAUACCAAAGAAGACUGCAGCAGACCAAAGGACUUCAACACUGUGACCUGGAGGUGCCUUUAUAAUGGUAAGCAACAACAGCUCCCAAUGCUACUACGAUGACUCCUUUAAGUACACUUUGUACGGGUGCAUGUUUAGUAUGGUAUUUGUGCUUGGGUUAAUAUCCAACUGUGUUGCCAUAUACAUUUUCAUCUGCACCCUCAAAGUGCGAAAUGAAACUACAACGUACAUGAUUAACUUGGCAAUGUCAGACUUGCUUUUCGUUUUUACUUUACCGUUUAGGAUUUUUUACUUUGCAACCCAGAAUUGGCCAUUUGGAGAUCAACUUUGUAAAAUUUCAGUGAUGCUAUUUUAUACCAACAUGUAUGGAAGCAUUCUGUUCUUAACUUGUAUAAGUGUGGAUCGGUUUCUGGCAAUUGUCCACCCAUUUAAGUCAAAAACUCUAAGAACCAAACGAAAUGCAAAAAUCGUGUGCAUUGCUGUGUGGCUAACUGUGAUAGGAGGAAGUGCACCAGCAGUUUUUUUUCAGUCUACCCACUCUCAGGGUAACAAUGCCUCAGAAGCCUGCUUUGAAAAAUUUCCAGAAGCCACAUGGAAAACGUAUCUCUCAAGGAUUGUAAUUUUCAUCGAAAUAGUAGGAUUUUUUAUUCCUCUAAUUUUAAAUGUAACUUGUUCUAGUAUGGUGCUAAGGACUUUAAAUAAACCUGUUACAUUAAGUAGAAGCAAAAUAAACAAAACUAAAAUUUUAAAAAUGAUUUUUGUACAUUUGGUCAUAUUCUGCUUCUGUUUCGUGCCUUACAACAUCAACCUUAUUUUAUAUUCUCUUAUGAGAACACAAACGUUUGUUAAUUGUUCAGCAGUGACAGCAGUGAGGACUAUGUAUCCAAUCACUCUCUGCAUUGCCGUUUCAAACUGUUGCUUUGACCCUAUAGUUUACUAUUUCACGUCGGACACAAUUCAGAAUUCGAUAAAAAUGAAAAACUGGUCCACUAGGAGAAGUGACUUCAGAUUCUCUGAAGUUCACAACACAGAGAACUUUAUUCAACAUAACCUACAGACCUUAAAAAGUAAGAUAUUUGACAAUGAGUCUACAAUAUAAGCUGCCUGAAAUAAAACCGCUGGGACUUCACUGGGAACCUCUAAGUUCCUUCUACUGUGAAAAGUGUUUUCUUGGACAACUACUUCUCCACCUCUGAAAGAAAAUAAAUAUGUGGACAUUUAAAGUUAUAAUAAAAUUGUAUUCAAUGUGUUAAGCAUUAAAAUGUAUUCUAUUCUGUAUACAUACAUACUAUUUUAUUUUUCUGAGCCAUUUUGAUCUGUUCCUUCCUCUUCAUUAAAAAAA